GCGGUUGUUUUGGCAAGGUGUUUCGUCUGAAACUAUAAUCCUCCACCGUCACUCUCCGGUUGAAAAUGGUGAUCGGCCAACGCCACCGACCUGGUCCGUUGCUUCACAUCACUCCAUUGAUGAUACCAGAUGAACCUGCGAACGAGACGCGGCUUCCUUUUCCUCUGAGUGGAAUCUCGGUGAGUUCUGAUGACAAUGCUAACGGCGGCGAUUAUUCUCCCUAUCAUUUGCAGGAAGUCCUAGCGGCAUUUCAGCAAUAUCUGCCUUCGACGAGUGAGUCGGAGAUUGAAUCUGAUUUGGAGUUGUCCGGCCGGGAAUCGGAUGUUCCGGUGGAUGCUUACUCUUGCGAUCAAUUUAGAAUAUUCGAGUUCAAGGUGAGGAAGUGUACGCGUGGACGGUCUCAUGAUUGGACGGAGUGUCCGUACGCUCAUCCUGGCGAGAAGGCUCGCCGGAGAGAUCCGAGGAAGUAUCAUUACUCCGGUACGGCGUGCCCCGACUUUCGAAAAGGUAGCUGCAAGAAAGGCGAGUCGUGCGAGUUUGCGCAUGGUGUAUUUGAAUGUUGGCUCCAUCCUGCACGUUACAGGACUCAGCCGUGCAAGGACGGGAUCAACUGUCGUAGGAGAGUUUGUUUCUUCGCCCAUACUCCCGAGCAACUUAGGGUUUUGCCUCAGCAGAGCCCGAGAGACGCGAAUUCGCCUGACUCAUAUGAUGAAUCUCCUCUGCGGCAGUGUUUGGAUGGAACCUGUGCGAAAUCGCUUCCGUUUCUGUCUUCUCCGUUGUCUGUUUCGCCGUCGGCGACUCCAGUUGACUCUCCACCCAUAUCGCCGAUGACUAGGUCGCUCGCCCGGUCUCUUGGCUCAAGUUCCGUCAAUGAAAUUGUCGCAUCCCUCCACAUGCAUCUAAGCAAGGUGAAUUCUCUACCAUCUUCCUGGAAUGUUCAAAUUGGAUCUCCCGGUUAUCCGUCUCGAAUCCGCCCUGGAUUUUGUAGCCUUCCAACAACACCAACUCAGCCUCCAACAGGUCCAGGAGUUGGGUUGCUAGACUUCACGGACCAUGGAUUCGUGGAGGAACCGGCAAUGGAGCGAGUCGAAUCGGGAAGGGAGCUGAGGGCAAAGAUGCUGCAGAAACUGAGUGAGGAAAAUUCUUUGGACUUGGCUGAUUCAGGCCCUUCAGACUGCACACCGGACGUUGAAUGGGUAUCAGAUCUGGUAAACUGAGUCUGGAAAUUCAACUUUUGGUUGGUUAAAAGGGAGUUUUCUCUAAUCACCAUUCAAUUCUGAUUUUAUGAAGGGAAAAAAAAAAUAUAUAGCCUAAGCUAUGCCGUUUGUUUCAUAUGUAUAUACAUAAUGGAAAGUAAGCUGAACUGAUGAAGAUAGGAUUGAAUUAUUACUUGUAUGAGCCUUAAAUAUCUGUAUAUAUGGCUCUGCUCUAGAUUUUGAUGGAGAAGAAAAGAAUUCCGUCUGACUUCAUGUAUAGCUAAUUAGUACUGAUCGAUCAUUGUGAUUAUGUUGGAAGUUAAUGUUAUUCCUAAUGCAAUUUUAUGGAUGAACUUGAUUGAAAUUA